CAAAUAACUAUUUUCCAAAUAUGGAUUCAGACAUCAGAAACUACAUCGAGAAGGAAGGGGAAAUCUACGUUGAAGACUUCAUGACUGAAGAAGACGACAGUAUCGUCGAACCAUCCCAGAUGGGCGAGGAAGGGAUUGGGAUCGAAACUAUUCUCAAAAAGCUAGUCAUCACUAGAGACAAGUUCAUCCUCCAGAGGCCUGGUAGCAUCAACGAGGACUACGUCAUCGAACGCAAGAUUGGAAAGGGAGCGAAUGGGGAUGUAUAUCACGCUAUUAAUAAGAUAACUAAUAUUGAGAGAGCGAUUAAGAAAAUCCCGAAGUCUAAGAUUAGUAAUAUUGAGUACUUCUUAAGAGAAGUAAACACUUUGAAACAGCUUGACCACCCCAAUGUCAUUAAGCUGUUUGAAAUCUACGAGAGUGCCAACGAUGUCUACCUCGUCCAGGAGCUGUGCACUGGAGGUGAGCUGCUCGAUCAGAUCUUAAAUGAGAACGGUCUGAGUGAGAAUAAAGCAGCGAUUAUCUUCAAGCAGAUCUUGCAGGCUAUAUUGUACUGAAACUCCAACAAAAUAUCGCACCGGGACCUCAAACCGGAAAACUUCAUGUUCGCAUCAAAUAAGGAAGGGGCUGUACUGAAGCUCAUUGAUUUCGGAGUGGCCAGGAGCUACUACAAAAAGGAAGUACUGGCUUUUAACCAGGUCAUUAGGAUGAAAACCAGAGCUGGGACAACCUACUUCAUGGCUCCAGAAGUCAUCUUAAAUAAUUACACAGAGUCAUGAGAUAUGUGGUCAGCAGGAGUCAUCCUCUAUAUCAUCCUCAGUGGAGUACCACCCUUUGGAGGAGAGACCGACCAGGAGGUCCUUGAAAACAUCCUCAGAGGUGAAUACGAUUUUGAUGAUGAAAUCUGGGAUGAAAUCAGCGAAGAAGCCAAAGAUCUAAUCGAAAAACUGCUUGUUGCCGAGGAAGAGCGACUGACUCCAAAGCAAGCUCUUGAACAUUCCUGGAUUGCAGGGUAUUCUAGGCUUGAUUCAGCCGUUUUAUUGAGUCAUAAGCAUACUGAGAGGCUAAGAAACUUCCAAAAGUCCAAGAAGCUCAAGAAGGCAGUUCUUACUUACCUAGCAAGUAGGGUUUCGGAUGAGGAUAUCAUUAACGAAAUGAAGAUCUUUUUCAAGCUUGAUAGGAACAAGGAUGGCUACAUUACGCUAAAAGAGCUCAAAGAGGGUAUGAAAAGUACCCCUAAUAUCGAAGAAAUUGCGGAUAUUCUCAAAGGUGUGGACAUUGACAAGAACGGCGUGAUUAACUACACAGAGUUCAUAGCUGCCACGCUCGACCAGAAGGGCUUGAUGACUUCUGAAUCUUUGAUAAAAGAUGCCUUCCAGCUGUUUGAUAAGAAUAAUGAUGGUUCUAUUGACCAGAACGAGCUCAGGUCUACCCUCGCUGGUGUUGAAGGUGAGCUCAUUGAUGUAGAAGUCUGGGAAGACAUCCUCAAGGAAUGCGACCUUGACGGUGAUGGAAAGGUCAGUUUUGAUGAAUUCGUACAUAUGAUGACCAAUUGAUAACUACUCUUCUCAAUUAUAA